AUUUUAAUUAUGUAGAGCACUUUGAAAUGCCUUGCUGCUGAAAUGUGCUAUACAAAUAAAAUUUGAUUGAUUGAUAUAAGGGUUCUGGCUCAUAUAUCGUUUCUUUCUCUCUGUCUUGCAAAGCUACGCUUCAAAGCAAUUUACCUGUGUUUGUUUUUAUGAAAUAGCAUCUUGACCAUAUCUUGUCUUAUCAACAUCGUCAAAAAGCCUGAAAAUAUUUGAAAAUGUCAUGAAUAAAUUUGAACUUUAAAAACAAGUUAUCUCUGUGCCUAGCUUGUUUGUCUAACAAAGCAUGUUUUCCGGUCAAACUGUCUCAAUUAUAUAACUUUUGUAGGUUUACAAAUUACUGGAAUGGUGUUCACCAAAGAUACGUGAACAAAGUCCAGAAGCUGGACAUUCAGAAUCAAUCGUAAAGGUUAUGCACAUAGCAGGAUUACGUCAAAUUUCUGUUGACUGAGUGGAGGAGGAUGGGUGGAGCUUUCAUGUUUUAUUUUUUUUGUUCUUUCUACAUGAUUUGGCUUUUAAAAUGGGUACAAACAAGAACUCACUUUGAGUUUAUCGGAAAGAUCCAGCUGGUUCUGUUUGAAUCUGCUCCGAGGUACUAUGGGGAGCGUUGUGGAGCAGAUCAUCCUCUUUGGGCUUCUGCUGGCUUUGGCUGCUGCACAACCAACGAAGGAUGACUGGGACAUUUACAGCUUUCACAUCAACUCCACUGUCAGCGGUCGAUAUGCCACCACUGUCAUCACCAGCCGUGUGGCCAACCGUAUGAAUCAGUCAAAAGAAAUUACCUUCCAUGUUCAGAUUCCCAAGAAUGCCUUCAUCAGUAAAUUCAGAAUGAUGAUGGACGAGGAAGUGUUUGAUGGAGUUGUGAAAACUAAGGAACGAGCUCAGCAGCAGUACACUCAGGCUGUGCUUCUUGGACAAAGUGCCGGGAUUGUCAGUUCUGUAGGGAGAACCAUGGAGGAAUUUAAGACCUCUGUAACAGUAGCGGCCCACAAAAAGGUCACCUUUGAGCUCACCUACGAGGAGCUGCUGAAGCGAACCCACGGCAAAUACGAGCUGCAGAUCCACGCUCGCCCCAUGCAGCCUGUCAAAGACUUCAAGGUGGAUGUGCACAUUCAUGAGAAAGCUGGGAUCAGGAUCAUUAAUGUGAAAGGAGGACUGAGCACCCUGGCUAAUGCUAUCACCAAAACACACGCAGACAAACAGGCGUGGGUGCACUUCUAUCCAACUGUGGACCAACAGAAAACUUGUGAGAGGUGUGGAGAGCAAGGUUUGAAUGGAGAUCUGGUCAUUGUUUAUGACGUCAACCAAGACAACGGACUGGGAGAAAUCAAGAUUUUAGAUGGAUACUUCGUCCAUCACUUUGCUCCAUCUGAUCUUCCCCGAAUACCGAAAAAUGUCGUCUUUGUUAUUGACAAAAGUGGCUCAAUGCGCGGCAGAAAAAUGGAACAGACCCGAACGGCUUUAAUCCAUAUUUUAAAUGACCUGGCAGAAGACGACUUCUUUGGUAUCAUCACUUUUAAUCACGCCAUAUUUCACUGGAAAAGAGAACUUGUUCCAGCCACUGCUUCAAAUGUGGAGAGAGCUAAAGAGUUUGCACAGAGUAUUCAUGACACCGGAGCUACAAACAUCAAUGACGCGCUGUUGGAAGGAGCUCGCAUGCUGAAUGCACAAAGCAGGGAAGGCUCGGCUUCCAUCCUGAUAUUUCUCACCGACGGAGACCCAACAGCAGGAGAAACAAAUUUUGAAAGAAUACAGUCAAACGUCAGAGAAGCUGUUGCAGAAAAAUUUCCACUCUACUGUCUUGGUUUCGGCUCUGAUGUCAAUUUUGAGUUUUUGGAGAAAAUGUCUCUGCAGAAUAAUGGCGUGGCAAGACGGAUUUAUGAAGACUCUGAUGCCGAUUUGCAGCUCAAGGGUUUCUAUGAAGAAGUGGCCACUCCUUUGCUAAUAGAUAUUACAAUGACCUAUGUGGGCGGAUCCAAUCUAACCCAAACAAAUUUCAGUCAGUAUUAUAACGGUUCUGAGAUCGUUGUGGCCGGUGAGAUCACUGACAACAACGUAGAAACCUUCACUCCCCAAGUCGUGGCUUACUCAAGCAACAGAACAGUGACAUUUUCUAACACGAGUGGUUCUACGGACCAGCCCAGGGAAACGGUGGCUGAAAACCUUCUGCAGAGGGUUUGGGCCUACCUCACAGUGAAACAGCUUCUGGACAGAGAGCUGCUGUUAUCUGGACCUGAGAAAGAGAAAGUGAGCAAAGAGGCGCUGGAGCUGUCCCUGAAGUACAGCUUUGUGACCCCACUCACAUCCAUGGUGGUCACCAAGCCUCAGGGGGAGGAAUCCGUCCUCCACAAACCCAAAGAGGGGAAAACGCCACAGUUCACAGUAAACUCUAGAUCAAGAGAUGUCCCUCCACCGAGAGCAUAUUUUGUAACAUGCAAAAAAAUUGUCAUUUUUUCUUUUAACACUGUUUUUCUUCCUUUAACAAAAGGUGCUGCUGUUCCUAACAUUCAAUCCCUUCCUUCUGCUGGCUCUGGUUUUGGAGUUUCUGGUCGUCUUGGUCCUCCAGGUCCUCCUGAUUCUCCUGGUUUUGCUCCUCCAGUUUAUCCCGGUUCUCCUGGUCAUCCUGGUUUCGCUCCUCCAGUUUAUCCCGGUUCUCCUGGUCAUCCUGGUUUCGCUGCUCCAGGUCAUCCUGGUUCUCCAGGUCAUCCUGGUUCUCCAGGUCAUCCUGGUUCUCCUGGUCAUCCUGGUUUUCCAGCUGAACCUUGUUUGGUUCCUUCAAGGUCUCCUGGUUCUGAUCCUCCUGCACCUAUCAGUCAUCGGUUUCUGUUUAAGACUGAGAAUCAGUCUGUUCCCGUUUGCUUUGACGUGUCUGGAUCUCAUGUUCUUAAACUUCUUCAUCAUCUCAGCAAGGGCAUAUACAUAAAUGGCGCGCUUAAUCCAGUGGCAAAUGGGGGCUUCAGAAAAAUUCUCAUCCAUGUUCAAAGUGGCCAUUUUAUUGACAUCAACCCCGAGGGAAUCUGGGUCAUGCAGGGAGCGUCUAUGACCCAGAUCACUGGACAGAAUCCUAUCCAAGCUGGAAGUCUAACAGUGACCCCUCGAGGUCAAGAGACAGAUGUUUUGGCAGAAGACUUGCACAUCGUCAUCUUACUUCAUCAGAGGGACGGCAACAAAUUCCUUUGGCCUGUUUUAAAGAAGAGACCAUCUGGCAGCGACAUUGAUGGGAUUCUAGUUUCAACACCAGCUAAUUAUACAGUGGAAUCACAACCGUCCCUAACAUUACUGAAGAUCCCAGGCAGAUUUGAUAAUGCAGUGUUUAUUGUAUCUGCCACUGACUACAGUUUGACGCCUCCUGUGACUGUGCCGUGCUGGUUCACCACGAAUCCCCUUAUCCUAGGAAAACCUCUGUAUUUUUAUGUUGUAUAACUGUUCAAUGGCUGAAUUCAAUUCAAAUCAGCUUAUUUUAUAAAAUAAUGUAGAAAAUCAUUUUAGAAAUAAUCAAGGUAUGAAGUAAAAAGUGCCAAAAACAUUACAAUCUGCUUUCUUUAUUGGUCAGACAGUGCAGUGAAGAAUAGUGAACACAUUUUUGUUUUUAUCUACCCCAUAAAAGACAAAAAGAAAUGUAAACAUUAACAACUCUCAAAACAAUUAUUUAAUGUAAAGGUUGAUGGCGUCUAUUGACAAUCCAACAGUGUAAGUUGUUCUUUGAUAGUUUGAUGCCCAGUAAUUAUGUCUCAGUCUCUUAUUUUGAAGUAUGACUGUUGAAAGAAUCGACUAAGUUUUUACUAAUUGGCAGUAAACAUGUUUCAUUCAUUUAUUUGAAAUGAUCUGUGAAGAGAAACUAAACACACAGAGAAAAGAUACAAGGAUUUGUUGGCACUGUGAGAUAAAGUGCCUGGCUAACAAUGAAGAUGCUAAAAUUAGCUUCUGUUUGAAAGGUUCUUGAAGUUCUUAAAGGCUGUUUCUUUACAAGUCUUUAAUUGAUAUAAGGCCUUGAUAAGUCAGAACAUAAAAACAGUUCACGAUUGAAGCCACUUUUGUCGUGUGAUCUAUGGUUAUGUUGAUAUUAUUUGGGCAUCACAACCACUUGAUAAUUUGAUGAGCAUGACAUCUGCUUUAUUAAAUCUGAAAAAAAAAAAA